AUGUUUUCGGUGAAGUUGACUUUUAUCCCAACUGAUCCCACUGAUCGUCCUGAACCCACUGAAAAUGAAGAAUUUAAUCAAACCGAGAAGAAUAAUCAGUCAGAAGAGAUUGGAAAUAUCCCUCAGACCGAAUUAACUGUAAGAAAAGUAGUUCAAGAAAUAUCAACUUCAGAUUCUGAUUCAAGCAUGGUUUUUGAAAGAGACGAUAUUAUGACAGAUGAGGAUUCCGAUAAAACUGAUAAUAUCAAUGAUAUUGAGAACAAUGAACAGCUUGAGCCAGAGGAUCCCACCCGAGAUGCUAUUACAGGAGAACCUCUUACCGCACAAAUUGACCCCGAUAUAGUUCCAGAGACCAAAAAUCUAAGAAAUCGGUGGAGUACCAUCUGCUACCUUAAACACGAAUUUUGGAAACGAUGGUCAACAGAGUACCUCAAUCAACUCCAACAAAGAAACAAGUGGAACACGAGCCAACAAAAUAUAAGAAUUGGUGACCUAGUCAUCAUAAAGGAAGAUAACAUUCCAACCCUCAAAUGGCCGUUGGGAAGAAUUGUCGACAUCUUUAAGGGACAGGAUGACAUAGUUCGAGUGGUUAACGUAAAAACACAGUCAGGAAUAUUAAAACGACCUAUUCAUCGUCUAGCUCCACUCCUUGACGAUAGCGAAGAUGUCAACCAGGAACAGGAAGAUGAGGACACACAAGCAGAAACAUCACCAAAACGACGGAAAACAUGCAAUACUUCAUUAAUCACAACGGUAAUUCUAUCAUUAUUCUUGCUUCCAAUGGUUAUUGCAUCACCGAUAAACAUUACAAGAUUCAAAAACAAUCCUGGACUAUACUUCGAAAAUCUUGGCUCCACCAACCUGAUUGCAAACGAAUGGAACCUAGUCACAUACUAUGACCUAGCACCCAUCCGAGCUGAGCUCGAGGCAUUCAACAACGGAACAAAGGCUCUCCAACACUUAUGUAAUCAACUACAGCUUAGAACAACAUGUAAUGCGAUGGUUACCUACCUAACGAAUAUGAAGAUAUCACUCCAAGGAGACACCAACUUAAUCUCAAGACAUCGAAGUACUAGAGCAGCAAUAAACGUUGUGGGAAACAUAGCUCAUACGUUAUUCGGGCUACUGGACUCUGACUAUGCAGAAGAAUUGUCUAAAACAAUCGACCAUAUAAACAAUAAUGAGGCUCUUUUAUUAUCGAUGUUAAAAAAUCAAACGUCUGUCAUCGACUCAACCAUCAACAUAAUAAAGCAUGAUCAGCUGGAGGUUCGAAAUCGCAUAAACAUGCUUCAAAACCAAGCCAACGAGAUUAUUGGAAGAAUCGGAAACACAACUGACCAGCUUAGAGUAUUUCAAAUCUUCACUACACUCGCAAUGCAACUAAUGAUGAUGGCAUCUAAUCUUCAAAGGAUCGAAGGCACGAUUCUUAAGACACUAACGGAUGUACACUAUGGCAACAUCAACCCUCUACUGCUCUCACCUACUCAACUUAAGGCUGAAAUCAUGAACAUAAAAAAUCAUUUACCACUGUCACAAAAACUACCAUUCGAGCAAGAAGAUUUGCUCCAAUUCUACAAAAUAUCAACAACGAAGGGUGGUUCCGCAGGAAAACACUUAAUUUUCGUAAUCACCAUUCCACUCGUUGAACAAGAAGCUUUUGAGCUAUUCCAAAUAACACCAGUUCCUUUGAUACUAAACAACACGCUUCUGAAAAUCAAUCCAGCCAUAGAAAUCCUGGCCAUAAACCGUCAUAGAGACCAAUAUUUUCCAAUGACUUCAUCAGAAUUCAAGGAGUGCAACAAAGGAAAGGAAAUGCAGUUUUUCUGCUCAAACCGAAAGGCAAAAUAUCACUCCGGUUCACAAGCGUUCAACUGUGAAUUCUCUAUUUUUAUCAACGACACUGCAACAUCAUGUAACAUUGUUAAAUCCAUCAACAACAUUCUAUGGACCCAGUUGAACAAUAGAAAUCAAUGGAUAUUUGGAGCACUUAAAAAUAUUCAACUUACAGCUGUAUGCACAACCGAAACCCUUCAAAUGGAGCUCUAUGGAGCUGGACUGCUCUCAAUCGAGAACGAUUGCAGAAUCCGGAACAAUCUGGUUACAAUUCAAGGAACCCAGAUGACCAUAAGCAAUGUACAUUCAUCCUUCAUAAGUUUUGGAAACUUAUCAGCAAUAGCGAAGCCUAGUGAAGUUCACGCAGCUUUAGAUCUAAUCCCAAUUUUCAACAACACUCACGUUGACUCACUAACAACACUCCAAACUCAGCUGUCGACAUUGCAAAAUCAGAAUCUCGCAAACCUCAACGAAAAAAUAUUUACGAACAACAUUCACCAUUACGCAAUCAGCUAUCUGGCUUUAAUCAUAGCAGUCUGUCUUGGGAUCAUAUUUCUGUUCAGAGCUCGGAAGCAAGGGACGUCAAACGAAACUCCCCUUCCUUUACCGCACAAGACUCAAUACAACGUCUCAGAGGUAUAA